AUGGCCUCGAAACUGUUCCCCGUUUCGCGCGCCACUCGCGCCCUGCGCCAAUUCCCUACUCCUACCCCCUACAGAUCCUUUUCCGCCGCUCCCCAACGGUGCAGCGAUGUCCUGAUGAUCCACCGCAACAAGCCGACCAACAACCCUUCCCUUCCCUUCAAGUUUUCCGACCAGAACCUCACGCUUGCCGAUGAGAUCCUCAAGCGCUACCCUCCCCAGUACAAGAAAGCCGCCGUCAUGCCCCUCCUGGAUCUCGGCCAGCGUCAACACGGCUUCACCAGCAUCAGCGUCAUGAACGAGGUUGCCCGCAUGCUCGAGAUGCCCCCCAUGCGUGUUUACGAGGUUGCAACUUUCUACACCAUGUACAACCGCGACCCCGUCGGCAAGUACUUCUUGCAGAUCUGCACAACCACUCCCUGCCAACUCGGCGGCUGCGGCAGCGACGCCAUCGUCAAGGCCAUCAACGAGCACCUCGGCAUCACCCCAGGCCAUACCACCGAGGACGGUCUCUUCACCUACAUUGAGGUCGAGUGCCUCGGCGCCUGCGUCAACGCCCCCAUGGUCCAGAUCAACGAUGAUUACUACGAGGACCUGACCCCCGAGUCCAUCAAGACCCUCUUGACCGCGCUCAAGGACUCCGCCUCCACCACCGGCACCAAGGUCCCAGCCCCCGGCCCUCUGAGCGGCCGCGGCACCUGCGAGAACAGCGCCGGCCUGACCAACCUGGCCGAGCCCCCUGUCUGGAACCCGGAGACGAUGAUGCGCAAGGACAACGCCCUGGACGAGCAACCGCAGCAAUAG